AUGUCCGGCGAGGUGGUUUCGGAGGUUCACCUAGAAAUCAGUGACCCCAGACUCAUUUCACAAGAGGAAGCAAAUAGUCCAUCAGACAGUGGACAAGGCAGCUGGGAUACAAAUGGUGCCUCAAGUGAAAGAGAUUCAGAUGAGGAGAUUUUUGUAAGCAAGAAAUCAAAAAGCAGGAAGGUGCUACAAGACAGUGAUUCUGAAGUGGAAGACAGCAGUGCCUCUCCAGAGCACACUACCUGGAACAAUGCAGAGGAGGAAAAUAAGGAGAACAUAUAUGCUGGCAAAGAAGGAAAAGCCAAAAGGAUUUACAAAGCUCUGGCCAGCAAUGAUGACAGUGACACUGAGGAGUCUUUCUGUCAGAACAACCUGGAAACCCAGGCAACACUUGGCGUGGAACUGGAUCUCCAGUCAGAAACGUCUGUGAACCAUACAGUUGACGGAAAGAUUUCCAGAAAAUCAGUAUGUGCUAAGGGAGAAAUUGGGGAGAAAGCAAAAGUAAAAUCAAAGAGAAGACUUGAGAAAGAGGAAAAAAAGAUGCAAAAAAUUAGGCAGCUGAAAAAGAAGGCAACAAAAAAUGAGGAAGAGAGUAUGGAACAGCCGUUUAAUGAUAGCGGCUGCCUUCUUGUGGAUAAUGACCUUUUUGAAACUGGAUUGGAGGAGGAAAAUCAUUCUCCACUGGAAGAUGAAGAAUCCUUAGAAUCCAUAAGGGCAGCAAUGAAAAACAAAGUAAAAAAACAUAAGAAAAAGGAACCAUCUCUGGAGAGUGGACUCUGUUCACGUGAAGAAGAAGCUGAGUUGCCAGAAGGCUCCACGAGGAAGGAAAGGAAAGCAGCCAAGUUAAGUAAGGAAGCAUUAAAAAAACUGCAUAGUGAGACUCAGCGCCUUAUUCGAGAGUCUGCACUUAAUCUUCCAUAUCACAUGCCUGAGAAUAAGACCAUUCAUGAUUUCUUCAAACGUAAACCCCGACCCACUUGCCAAGGAAAUGCCAGGGUGCUGCUGAAGUCAACUAAGUAUCAGCCAAGCCAUAACAACAGGACCAUAAGCACUGCAAAUACAACUGAGAUGAACAGCGACGCCCACAGCAAGAGUUCUGAGCCAGCAGCAGGCACAGAAUAUGAAAUGGAAGUAAAUCCAGUGCCUGCAGCAAUGAAGGAACCCCAGAUCACUGCUGGAGCAGAUGAGUCUUGCUGUCAGGACUUGGUGGGAAGCGAGACACUAGAAAGUCAGGACAAACAAACUGAUGCUUCUGAGGGUGGCUCAGUGGAACCAAAGAAACCCAGCUUCCUGGGACCCCGGGAGGGUGAAGAGUAUCAGGCUGGAGGGCUUGUAGCACCUGAACCUCAGGCCCUGGAGGAGGAAGAAGGCAUGAAAAAACCUGAAGAAGCAGAUGGCAAAGUGGAGGAGCCAAGGCAGCAAACUAAGUCAGCAGGCGCUGUGCCACCUGAGAAAGCCAGGCGGUUUACACUGGAUAGACUUAAGCAACUGGGAGUAGAUGUUUCUAUUAAACCUCGGCUGGGUGCUGAUGAGAAAUCUUUCGUGAUACUCGAUGAACCUGAAACCAACAAAGAACUGGAAGCCUUGAAGCAGCGUUUCUGGAAGCAUGCUCACCCAGCAGCCAAGCCCAGGGUCAGUCAGAAGGUGAAUGUGAGUGUCAUCUUGAGAGAAGUGGGCAUGGAUGGAAAGGAAGCGCUGAAGGCAGAUGUGGUGCCUGUGACUUUGGCAGCUGAGAAGCUGGAUGAAACGAGCCACGCCAAGCCAGGUGAAAAGCUUCAGGUGCUGAAAGCCAAACUGCAAGAAGCAAUGAAACUCCGGAGACUUGAGGAGCGUCAAAAGCGCCAAGCGUUACUUAAACUAGAUAAUGAAGAUGGGUUUGAGGAAGAGGAGGAAGAAGAGGAAGAAAUGACAGAUGAAUCUGAGGAAGAUGGAGAAGACGAGGUGGAGGAAGAGGAGGAGCAGGGGGGAGAAGAAGAACUAGAGGACGAGAAGGAGGAGGGAGAGGAGGAAGAAAGCAACCAGGAGAUUGCAGAAUUCCUUCUUCAUUGUGAAGAAACAGAAGCCAAAGGUGAGAAAGAAAACAACGAUGGCAGCAGUGAAAGCAGCAAGUCAGUUGGCCUUCUCUCUGUUCCCAAGCCUCUCUCAUCAGAUUCUACCUUACUUCUGUUUAAGGACAGCUCUUCCAAGAUGGGUUACUUUGCUUCAGAAGAAAAGUCGGAAACAGAUGAAACCUCAGGCAAAAGGCCUAGUAAACUGGAUGAAGAUGAUUCAUGCUCUUUGCUGACAAAGGAAAGCAGCCACAAUAGCAGCUUCGAGUUGAUUGGCUCCACGAUUCCUUCCUAUCAGCCGUGCAACAGACAAGUAGGCCGAGGGACCAGCUUCUUCCCUACAGCAGGGGGAUUCCGAUCUCCUUCCCCUGGGCUGUUUCGGGCCAGUUUGGUUAGCUCAGCAUCUAAGAGUUCAGGGAAGCUGUCUGAGCCUUCACUUCCCAUAGAGGACUCCCAGGAUCUGUAUAACGCCUCCUCCCCAGAGCCUAAGACACUUUCCCUGGGAGCAGGAGACUUCCAGUUCUGUUUAGAAGAUGACACUCAGAGCCAACUGUUGGAUGCAGAUGGGUUCUUAAAUGUUAGGAACCAUAGGAAUCCGUAUCAGGCUUUGAAGCCCCGGCUGCCGUUGGCAAGCAUGGAUGAGAAUGCUAUGGAUGAGCUGUUGGAUUUGUGUACUGGGAAGUUCACAUCUCAGGAAGACGAGCCUCAACCCAGGAAGAAUGACAAGAAAGAGAACAUGGAGGAGCUUCUGAACCUUUGCUCAGGGAAAUUCACUUCUCAGGAAACUUCCACUCCAGCUCUCUCAGAGUUACAUAUGCAGGAGAAGGAAAGCAGCAUAGGUGAUCCGAUGGAAGAAGCACUUGCUCUUUGUUCAGGUUCUUUUCCAACAGAUAGGGAGGAAGAAGGUGAAGGGGAGGAAGAAGGUGAAGAGGAGGAAUUUGGAGACUUCCGGCUUGUCCCAAAUGAUAAUGAGUUUGAUAGUGGUGAGGAUGAACACAGUGGUCAGAGUGACUCUGAUCAUGAAGAUCUGCCAUUGGAAGAAGAUGAUGAAGAAGAACUCCUAAAGCAAUCCGAGAAGUUGAAAAGGCAAAUGAGAUUGAAGAAUUACCUGGAAGAUGAGGCCGAGGUGUCCGGCAGUGAUGUGGGAAGUGAAGACGAGUAUGAUGGGAAGGAUAUUGAUGAAUAUGAAGAGGAUGAAAUUGAUGAAGCACUUCCUUCUGAGGAAGAAUUGCAGAAUCAAAUCAAGAAAAUACACAUGAAAACCAUGCUGGAUGACGAUAAGCGACAGUUACGUUUAUACCAGGAGAGGUACCUAGCUGAUGGGGAUCUGCACAGUGAUGGUCCUGGGCGAAUGAGGAAAUUCCGAUGGAAAAACAUAGAUGAUGCAUCCCAGAUGGACUUGUUCCACAGAGAUUCUGAUGAUGAUCAGAAUGAAGAACAGUUGGAUGAGACGGAAGCCAGAUGGAGAAAGGAGCGAAUUGAACGAGAGCAGUGGCUUCGGGACCAGGCACAGCAGGGGAAAGUUGCAGCUGAAGAAGAAGAAGAAAUUGGAGAAGACAGUCAGUUUAUGAUGCUGGCCAAGAAAGUUACUGCCAAAGCCCUUCAGAAGAGUGCUAAUCACACUAUGAUUGUUCAGGAAUCAAAAUCUUUACUCCGAAGCCCUUUUGAAGCCAUCAAACCAGGAAGUGCCCACCAGCUGAAGACAGGCUCCUUGCUCAACCAGCCCAAAGCUGUGCUUCAGAAACUGGCAGCCCUCUCUGACCUCAACCCUGCGGCUCCCCGAAACUCAAGAAACUUUGUCUUCCAUACACUUUCUCCUUCCAAGGCUGAGGUGGCAAAGGAAUCUUCGAGGCCUCAGGUAAGGAGAAGGGGCCCAUCUUUAAUCGCAUCUCCCUCACCAAAGCGCCACAAAACAGAGGCUAGCACUUCAGGAUUGAAGCGAAGCAUUUUCAGAUUCUUGGAAAGCUAACAUCAAGGAUUACUGCCAGCAGCUAUGUUGAGACUGCUUUGAGAUGCUCCUGGCACUGAAGGUUAGCACUGAUGCCCAAACGGAUGAUCCUCCUUCUUGCCUAAUCACUGCAUUAAGAAUUACAGACAGAAAUUCCAUUUAUUUCCACUGCCUGGAUCUGGCUCUGGAUCUCUCUUCGAGUAUUAUUGCCUGUGUUGGCCAUUAAUCAUGGCAGCUGUUGUGUUUACAACACUGAUUCAUGGAAUACCUGGGAGAAACUUCACUGCUUCCAUUAAACACUUGACAUUUUAUCUUAGCAGCUCCCUGGGUUGAUACCUCGUGCGAUAGAGGUUGUUGAAAGGAGGAACGAGUGUGGCACUACAGAGAAUAGUGAAAGUCAGAAUGUCUCCUUCACUCCUCUAAGGUCAGCACCGCAGUGACCAGGAAUCAGAGAAAGGGACUUCUUAGAAGACAGCAAUCAAAGGGUUUGUUGCAGUCUUCCCCCUUCCAUCCCCUGUAUGCCUUUUCUAAAGGUGGGCUCAGAUUCCACUUGGCCUUUGCUGCCUUCAGAAGAAGGACUUAAACAGGGCUGAAGUCAGUAAGACCUUGCGCCUCAUUUUCUGGAGUACAAAGAUGAAGAUAAAGACUUUCAUCCAGUCCUGCCCUUCUCAAGACGUUUCCUGGAACAGAGACCUUAAUUCUCAACUUGAAAUACUUGCUCAUGGAUCUCCCUUCCAGCUUGACAAGAAGGGCUGUCACCAUUAUUUAUGGCAGUCUCUUGACUUUGGUACUUCAUCCUGGCCAGUACUUGAAUAUUUCAUUACUUAGAAGACCACCAUGGAGUGUAUAGUUGACGAGAGUUGCCUUCCCUUCUCCCUUUUCCUGAACUACCGUGAGGCUCUCAGAAUUUUAGAUGAUUUUUUUUUUACCCCUCAGAACUGAGUGCUGCUGCUGCUGCUUUAGAAAACCACUCCACAUGAUUAAGGUUUCAGUGUCAAGAGCUUGACUUGGGGGGUGGAUGGCAUUGUGCCCAUUUUUUAUUGGAGAUAGGGAACACCUGUUUAACUGGUAAAAGUAGGAUAUGGGUUUUCCACAGUUCUUUUCCUAAGACUCAAGUUGCUGACUUUGACAGAACACGUUUGUAUAUUUAUAAUCUUGUAAUGGGGGAAAUGUGUAUAAAGAUGUUUAACAUGUAUGUCAUUUUUUAAUAAAUGCCAAUGCCUCAGAGGCAGGGUUUAUUGCCCA